CCGAAGUCUAAAGCAUCAAAGAUGUCUCAUUCAAUGCAUAUGGGCGGCGGUUCGUCGUCAGAGUGUAAGAUCUCAAUGCUCUGGAAUUGGUACACGAUUGAUGCAUGCUUCCUCGCAUCUUCCUGGCACAUCAAGACCCAUGGGAUGUUCGCUGCCUCGUGCAUCGGAGUAGCCCUUCUAGUGGUCUGUCUCGAGUUCCUACGACGCCUCGGCAAAGAGUAUGACAGCUACCUCCUCCGCCAGUUCCAUCGAAGAGCGACAAGCCUCCGAUACCAACCGAGAGUGUCCUAUGCCGCUCCAAAGUUCGAUGAUCAGCGUACGGCUGGCGGCUGUGGUCCAGAUGCUUCUUGUGCUCCUCCUCUUCCUGAACAAAGGUUCAUCACUUUUCGUGCUACCCCUGCUCAGCAGAUUGCAAGAGGUGUGAUUCAUGCUGCGACCUUUGGCGUGGGAUACAUUAUCAUGCUGUUAGCCAUGUACUUCAAUGGCUAUAUCAUCAUUUCGAUCAUCCUGGGUGCCUUCUUGGGCAAAGUCUUGUGCGAUUGGAUGGUCGUAAAACUGCCGUUGGUCAGAGGAGAGCAAAGUUAUGAUGAGUCCCAAGACGAGGCACAUGUCAUCUCGGAACCUACUGUAUGCUGUGGAUGA